AUGGAACAAUCUGAGUUUCAUGCAGUGUUACACAGGGCAUGUAAUCAGAAUAAAGGUGUAAAUGUUAUGAUUAGUAAAUGUAGAAAGCUAUAUGAUUUGAAGCAUGAGCUAAAGGAUUUGAUUCAUUAUAUGGCUUCAUAUGCACAAAGACUGAAUCAAACUAGGCAAAAACUAGAGGAGAAGGAACUGCUUGCUGAGAUUGAUAAAUGGAGUAACAUUGAAGAACAAGCCCUAAGACAGAAAUCCAGGGCAAGUUCGAUUAUGUGUGGUGACACUAACUCUAAGUACUUGCAUGCGCAAUGGAAUAUCAGACAAAGAAAAAAUACAAUCACAUAUGUAUAUACAGAUGCAGGGAUAAAACUCACAGACCCUACACAGGUGAAAACAGAGUUUAUUACAUUCUUCACAGGGCUAAUGGAAAAUUGCAGUGGUCACAUUAUAUGUCCAAACUCAGAAGUUAUAAAAAAAAGGACCGUGCUUGAGUAUGGAACAGAAAAGUGCAUUGAUACAACCAAUGACAAAGCUCCAGAGAUUGAUGGAUAUCCUAUAGAGUUUUUCACCAAAAACUGGGACCUAAUGAAGAAGGAAGUUUAUGUUGCAGUGCAAAGCUUCUUUGAAAUAGGAAAACUUUUGAGAAAGGUGAAUUGCACAACUAUUAUACUGAUUCCUAAAGUUAGCUCACCAUCUCAGGCCAAAGACUAUAGAUCUAUUGCUUGUUGUAAUACCUUUCACAAGAUUAUUUUCAAGGUUUUACAACUAAGAAUCAAAAAGGUGAUUGGUAAUCUAAUUAGGCACUCACAGUCUGCUUUUAUAGAAGGAAGAAGUAUCAUUGACAAUAUACUCUACAACUAUGAGUUGUUCAAAGGGUACAAUAGAAAAGGUGUCUCUCCUAGAUGUGUUAUGAAAGUAGACUUAAGAAAUGCCUAUGAUACUAUAGACUGGAGGUUUUUGAGAAGAAUGCUCAAUGAUCUUGGGUUCCAUUUAAAAUUCAUUGAAUGGAUUAUGGAAUGUGUUGCCACUGUCUCAUACCCCUUAGUGCUAAAUGGAAGACUUACAAAACUAUUUCUGAUUAGACAAGGGGAUCCCAUGUCCCCAUACCUCUUUAUCAUUGCUAUGGAGAACCUGCAAAGAGAAGUGAUGCAAUUGGCAGAGAAUGACAUUGAAUCCAUCAAACUCCUUCGGGGCGCUUUUCAUAGGUUUUCUGCAGCUUUUGGGCUACAAGCUAACACUGAUAAAAUCUCUAUUUACCUAGUUGGGGUGGAUGCAUAUGAAAGACAGGCUAUCAUGAAGCUACUGGGGUUUGAAUAA